AUGACCACCGAAAUCGAGAAGGGUAUUUCAACAUCACACAGUGGGGAGGUAGAUACAGUCAGGGAGGGGGAUGCGAAAGUGGCUUCUGAUAACGAUUCCGGGGAGCGGCCAGUGCGAAGAAAGCUCAAGGAAACGCGAAUAACAUCCGACCCUCACGCACCCUCACAACAAGACGAUGACGCUGAAAACUCGUCCGAAGAUGGCGACGGCCGCGGCCGUAUGACGAGGAAAAGGUCUCGCGAUGAUCUACAAGUCGAUGAAGAUGAACAAGAAAGCACUGAAUACAAAGAGUCUGGCAAUGGACAUCGCAGGAAGAGGUCGCGUGAUGCCAAAAAUGAUGAGGAUUUGGCGGCGAACGACCUGCAAAACACGCCAGAACCGACUGCUAACGACGAUACAUCACAUAUAUUGAGCCCGAAGAAGAAGCGGAGUUUGGACCAGUUAGAGAAGGACAGUGAAAGUGUACCGAGCGAGGAUAAGCAGAAUGCACUUGAGAAUGACAAGGCACGAGCGGAAGGAGAGCGUGAGAAGAAGAGGCACCGUGACGCUUCCAAGGAACGGCGGGAUGCAGCUGACGGAGCGGCUGCGCCAACAAAGCCGCCUCUACCAGCCUCUUUCCUGAAUACAUCUACUGUCUCGCCAUUCGCGUCAUUAGGCGCCAAGUCAGCCGAGAGCGAGGGAGCUAAAGACAAAGUCACAUCAUCAUCGGCGUUUGCAGCGUCAGGGCUGGCUAAUUUUGCGAAGUCGGAACAGUCACCAUUCGGUACACUGGGAAGCUCCGCAAGCACGCCUUCGGUUUUCAAAACAUCCGACUCGACACCAGUAGAGAAGCCUGGCGGUAGUGGAUUUGCAGCGACCGCCGGUGCAUCACCCUUUGGUAGUACGGGCACAUCUGGAUUUGCCAGUUUGGGUUCUGGAUUUGGAAGUGGAUUUGGAAGUGGCUUUGGGGAAAGCAGUGGAAAAUUGAGCAGCUUUGCAUCUACAAGUGGCUCAGGCUUUGGUUCAUCCGCAAGCAAGCCGUUUGGAGCCGCAAACGAGUCGGACAGGGAAGACGAAGAUGACGGUGAGGAUAAUGUUCUUGCCGGGGUUGAGAAGGAGAAAGAGGACGAGCGGUUUUACGAGCAACAAAUCGAGACGGGCGAGGAAGAGGAACAAACAUACUUCUCCUCCAAGGCUAAACUCUUCCAUUUUACCAACAAGGAAUGGAAAGAACGCGGAGUCGGCACAUUCAAGGUGAAUGUCAAAGAAGCCAAAGAUUCCGAGGACAAAAAACUGUCUGCCCGGAUGCUCAUGCGAGCCGAUGGAGUCUUGCGUGUGAUGCUUAAUUCGCCCAUCAUCAAGGGAAUGCCGCUCGGGGACGUGUCAGGGGAAGAGCCCAAGACGAAGCAGUUAAAUUUGGCCAGUAUAGAAAAUGGCAUUACUGUCCCUCUAUUACUAAGGCUUGGCAGACCCGAAACAGCGAAGGAGUUGUAUCAUGUGAUUAGCGACUUACAGAAACAACUAUAA